AUGAUCACGAUAUCUAUCAUGAUAUCUAUCUAUCUUCAGUCUGUUCAUAUCUAUCUAUCUAUCUAUCUAUCUAUCUAUCUAUCUAUCUAUCUUCGUUCGUUCGUUCUUCAGCUUCUUUUCUUCUUUUUCUAUUCGUGUCAGUCUCAGCUUAUUUUUUCCCUUUUUUCUCGUUUUUUUUUUCUCUUUCUCCUGAUUUAUUUUCUUGUACCAGUUUAUUCUCCUUUGAUCUUUUCCCUCAGUUUCCACUUCGUCCUCUGCUAUUUUCUUCUUAAACCUUGCCUUUUUUUCUUAUUAUCAGUUGUUUCGUUUUCUUCUUUUUCAUCGGUUACCUUGUUCUUGGCCAUGUCCUUUGAUGUCGACAUUGUUAUCUCUUUGAUAUUCUUUCUUUCUUUCUUUCUUUCUUUCUUUCUUUCUUUCUUUCUGUCCCUUUCCUUUUUUCCUUCUUUCUUUCUUUCUUUCUUUCUUUCUUCCUUUCUUUACGUACUCAUUUCCUUUCUUUGUUUCUUUGUUUCUUUCUUUCUGCCGUUUUACUUUCUUUCUUUAUAUAAACCAUUAAGCUUUCCUUUUUUUUUCUUUCUUGCUUUCUUUCUUUCUUACUUUAUUGCAUUUCUUUUUUUCUUUCUUUCUUUAUGGCUUUUCUUUCUUUCUUUCUUUCUUUCUUUCUUUAUGGCUUUUCUUUCUUUCUUUCUUUCUUUUGUGACUCAUUUAGAUUUCAUAACCUGCGUGUUUCUUGAAUUCUUGAAAUAUCUUGAUAAUAUUACCAUUAACAUUACCAUCCAAAUAUAUAUUUAUAUGUCUCUCUUUUUCUGUUUCUAUCUAUCUAUCUAUCUAUCUAUCUAUCUAUCUAUCUAUCUAUCUAUCUAUCUAUCUAUCUAUCUAAUUUUGUCCCUUCAUAUCUAUCUAUCUAUCUAUCUAUCUAUCUAUCUAUCUAUCUAA